AUGAAGCUCGACGAGAAAAAAGGGUCUAUAGUGUUGGACAACUUUAAUUCAACGGCAAAUUUGGCGACUAAUCCCGGUUUCCAGUCGACCCUCAGCCUCGGCUCAAAGGAAGUCAUCAAUGAAAAGGCUUAUAACCCGUUCGAGCAUCGAAAAGUCGAACACCCCAAUUCGACGGUCGGAUCGCUGGUUCACCUUCUUAAAUCUUCAUUGGGCUCUGGAAUUCUGGCGAUGCCAGCGGCCUUCAAAAAUGCCGGCUUAAUAGUAGGCGGCAUUGGCACUUUUAUCGUCGGCUUCAUUUGCACGCACUGCGUUUAUAUUCUUGUGAAGACAUCACAAGAAGUGUGCAUUGACGCGAAAAAGCCCUCGAUGGGUUUCGCUGAAACUUGCGGAGCGGCCUUCGAGUUUGGGCCAAAGAGAUUAAGACCGUGGGCCAACUUUGCUAGGACCUUUGUGGAUUACGCAUUGACCUGCACUUAUCUGGCCGCCCUUUGUGUUUAUAUUGUUUUUAUUGCUGAGAACUUUAAAGAGGUGUUGGACGAAUACGCGCCAGACUACAAACUGUCCGUCGAGACUUACUGCGCCCUCACCCUGGUGCCGCUUGUUCUCAUAUGCCAGAUACGAAACCUUAAAUGGCUGGUUCCAUUUUCGGCGAUCGCCAACGUCCUGCUCGUUAUAUGCUUCGCUAUCACAAUGUACUACAUCUUCGGGGAGCUGCCCAAUCCCUCGGAGAGGGAAAUGGUGGCGAGUGUGACACAAUGGCCGCUCUUCAUGAGCACUGUGAUAUUCGCGAUGGAGGGCAUAGGUGUCGUGAUGCCCGUCGAGAACGAAAUGGCGAAACCGGAGCAGUUCCUAGGAUGCCCUGGGGUGUUAAAUGUGGCUAUGACAAUUGUGAUCGGCCUUUACGGCGUAGUUGGCUUCUUCGGCUACAUCCGUUUCGGAGAUGAUGUGCGAGGAAGCGUCACUUUGAAUCUGCCACAAGAUGAGCUGUUGGCUCAGAGCGCGAAGAUUCUAAUGGCACUCGCGAUCCUCUUUACAUACAGUCUCCAGUUUUACGUGCCCAUGGAGAUGAUCUGGCGACAGCUACAUCACAAGAUAUCCGUGAAGUAUCACAACAUAACCCAGAUAUCGAUACGUACUACCGCUGUUAUUGGUUCGGUUGCCCUUGCCGCGGCCUUUCCCGACUUGGAGCUGUUCAUCAGCCUUUGCGGAGCCAUCUUCCUCUCAAGCCUUGGUCUCCUCAUCCCCGCUAUCGUCGAGACCGUCCACAAGUGGGACAGGGGCCUGGGCUUCCUCAACUGGAUUUUAUGGAAGAACUGUUUCAUCGGCCUGCUCUCCCUCGUUGCCCUGUUUGCCGGCUCCUACGUAUCUAUUACAGGUAUAAUAGAAAAGUUCAAUGAACCCGUUCUCGAGAAACUGCUAAACGGCACCUUGAGCGGAGUUAAUGACACGUUGAUAUUA